GCAUGCGAGCGAGCGAGCGAGGGUUGAGCCCAAGAAUUAGGCAAUCGUUCAUUCUCAGCAAAGAUAUUUUAUUAUCGAUCACGUGAAAUUGAAUCUUGCCUAAUCUGUAAGUCACAAUCGAUGGAAUUACUCUGUUUUUCUUGUUCCCCGUUCGACCAAUUCAAAUCAAGCAACAUUUCUUGCACCGUCCAAAGUUCGACUACUGGUUCCGACAUAGCCAUGUCUUCCUCUGCUCUACGCUACGCUGCUGCCGCCGCUACUGCUGUCAAUCCGACCGUCGAGAUUCGCCAUUUCGGUCCGCAAUUGGGUGCCACUUCAGUGAACGUGGCUAAAAAGCAGGCGGCGGCGUCUGCGCGCUGCUCUUCCUCUGGUUCCUUUCCGGAGUUGGUCCGCGAGGAAGGACAGCUCAUGAAGGCCGGGGCCGCCGGGCCCGACUGGAACUUGCUCCAGCGCCUCGCCGCCGCGGCGCUUGACCUUGUUGAGCGUUCUUUGGUGUGUAAUCUGCUCGAGCGGGGCUGCCCGCUGCCCGAGACUGCCGACCCCACCGUCCAGCUCGCCGGUAACUUCGCGCCCGUCGCCGAGAGACCGCCGUGCCGCGAUCUUCCCGUGGAAGGUCGCAUCCCGCCGGACCUUGACGGGGUUUACGUCCGCAACGGGGCGAAUCCCCUGUUCGAGCCCCUCGCCGGUCACCACUUCUUCGACGGCGACGGGAUGGUGCACGCGGUUCAGCUCCGUGACGGCCGCGCCGGCUACGCGUGCCGGUUCACUGAGACGGAGCGGCUCCGGCAGGAGCGCGUCAUCGGGAAGCCGGUCUUCCCCAAGGCCGUCGGCGAGCUCCACGGCCACUCGGGCAUCGCUCGACUGCUGCUCUUCUACGCUCGUGGCCUCUUCGGCCUCGUCGACGUCAGCCGGGGAUCGGGCCUCGCCAACGCUGGCCUUGUCUACUUCAACCGUCGCCUUUUGGCCAUGUCCGAGGAUGACGUGCCGUACCACGUGCGCGUCACCACCGCCGGCGACCUCGAAACGGUGGGCCGAUGCGAUUUCGACGGCCAGCUCCGAGGCUCCAUGAUCGCGCAUCCAAAGAUCGACCCGGCGACCGGCGAGCUCUUCGGUCUCAGCUAUGAGUUCGUCCGGAAGCCGUACCUCAAGUACUUCUACAUCUCCUCCGACGGCCGGAAGUCAACUGACGUGGCCAUUCCCCUCGACCAGCCGACCAUGACGCACGACUUCACCAUCACCGAGCGCCACGUGGUUAUCCCGGACCAGCAGGUGGUCUUCAAACUCCAGGAGUUGCUGCGCGGUGGCUCGCCGGUGGUGUACGACCCGAGCAAGACAGCCCGGUUCGGCGUUCUCCCCAAGUACUCCGCCGACGCCUCUGAGCUCCGAUGGGUCGACGUCCCCGACUGCUUUUGUUUCCACCUGUGGAAUGCGUGGGAGGAGCCGGCCGCCGGCGAGGUGGUUGUAAUCGGUUCCUGCAUGACUCCGGCCGUCGCCGUCUUCAACGACUCCUGCGAGAGCCUCCAGUGCGUGCUCUCCGAGAUACGGCUUAACCUCCACACCGGCAAGUCGAGUCGCCGGCCCAUCCUCUCCCCGGCCGACCAGGUGAACCUAGAAACCGGAACGGUCAACCGGAAUCUUCUCGGGAGGAAGACCCAAUUCGCCUACCUCGCCAUCGCAGAGCCCUGGCCAAAACUCUCCGGGUUCGCUAAGGUCAACCUCUUCACCGGCGAGGUCAAGAAAUUCAUCUUCGGGGAGUGCCAGUACGGCGGCGAGCCGUACUUCGUGCCGGCGCAGGACGACGCUGACGCCGGCGAAGACCACGGCCACGUGCUCUGCUUCGCGCAUGACGAGAGGACGUCGGAGUCCAAGCUGACGAUAGUCGACGGCGCCACGAUGGAACUCGAAGCUACCGUGAAGAUGCCGUCGCGCGUACCCUACGGCUUCCACGGCACCUUCAUCAAUUCCCUGGAAUUGGAGUCACAGGCUUAAAAAUCUAUCUGCUUUCUUCAUCGAUUCCUCCCUGUUCUUGCUCCACACCUCGA